CAAAAUGUAAAGAGUGUUUUCAUAAAUUGGAAGAAUUGCAAUACCUUAUCCUAGACUCAUGUCAUCUUCAAAUUUAUAUUCACCAUAAGUCUAUUUAUAGGCUUUAAGAAUUCAAAGAAACUAAAUACCUCAGAGUUAGAUUUUUACAUCAAUUAUAAGAGAUCCAACAAUUAAUCAUUAUUGUGAAUAAUCUAUUGCAGUUUUAGAUUGUUUAAGUAAGAAAAAGAAAAGAGCUAGAAAGAAAUAAAUAAGAAGAAAGGGCAAUAAAAUUAUCAAUGCUAGAAAUAGAUGAGCUAUCAUAUUAAUAUU